AAGUAGCACAAUUAAAGGCUAAAGAGUUGGUGCGCAAAUCAAAAAGCCCGUGGGCUUCUCUGAUCAUAGUUGUCCCAAAAAAGGGUAAAAAACUGCAAAUAUGCGUCGACUAUAGGAAAGUAAAAAUAAAUGAAAAGGACCGAGAAAAAACUGUAUUUGCAGUUCCUUUCGGCACGUAUAAGAUGCCUUUUGGCCUUUGCAACGCUUCCACCACCUUCCAGUAUAUAAUGAAUUACAUGCUGGCUGAUUUCAUUGAGCAAUUUGUUGUAGUAUAUCUCGACGAUAUUGUAAUAUACUCCGCUUCUUUCAACGAACACCUGCACCAUAUUGCCGCUGUUUUCGAAAAGCUAAAGGCCGUGGGUCUAAAGUUGAAUUAUGACAAGUGUGCCUUUUUCCAACUCUACCUCCACUUCUUGGGUCAUAUUAUCAGACGAGAGGGAGUUCGUCCUAAUAAUAGUAAAGUAGAAAAGGUUCAGAACUUUCCUGCUCCUGUGAACUUAAGGCAACUCUGUAGAUUUAUUGGGUUAGCUUCGUACUAUAGGAAGUUUAUUCCUAACUUUGCUUCAAUUGCUCGGCCUUUGCACCAUUUGUUGAGGAAGGAUGUCGAAUAUGAAUGGACUCAUGAACAGGAAG